CCCGUGGGCCCCACCAGUAUCCCCCUUCACAAUCUCACGAGGUGGUUGAGCACCUGAGCUCGCGCCUCGCCUCACCACUCCACUCCACUCCGCGACAGUUAAAAAGCAUCGCGAGAAGCCGCAAAUAAAUCCACCACGCGAGAAGAAGAACAACAAGAAGAAGAAGAGAGGCGCAAUCCAAUCGAAGAAGAUGGAGGAGCGCUACUCGUACCACCCGCUGCUUCUCCUCCUCCACCUUCUCCCACAAAUGGCCGCCGACCAUGCUGCUUUCCCCGCCCUCGCUAGAUUUCUUGCCCGCAAGCGCACUCGCAGUUAGGAAAAACCACCUCCUCCACCUUCUUCUUCUUGUUUUGGUUGUUCUUGUUGUUGCUGUUGCUGUGGUUGGUGCGGCGAGGUUUGUGGUGGGGGUGAGCAGCUGCGAUUGCGAUGGUGAUCAUGGCGGCGAUGCUGCCCGGGGUGGAGUGCGCGCGGCGGCGGCGGCUCCGGCAGGGAGGGGGAGCUGGGGCGGAUGCGGCGGCGGCUGGCGGAGGUACGAGGCGGUCGUCGUUCUGCGUGCACGCGGCCGGGCAUGGUGGUGGUCAGACAUGUGGCGGCGCCGCCGCGAAUCAUUCCGGCAAGCAGAGGAGUAGUGUGAUGGAGCUCAUCCAUGGGUGGUCGCUGGACAGCAAUGCCCGGGAGGCGAAGGAGCGGCUGGACCAGAAGCUGAGGAGCCAGAGGGAAUCCGUCAUCAAGAGGCAUCACAGCACGGGAAGCAUCAAGCUGAACAGAGGCGCCACCGGCGGCGGCGGAGGGGGCGGGAGAUCGACGGCGACGGCGGCGAUGGGGGUGCAGAGGGAGGUGUACUCGAGGAAAGGGGUGAUGCGGCGGCUGAUGCGGUGGAGCCGGCUGCGGUGGGACGCGGCGGAGCAGGCGGAGUGCGCCGUGUGCCUGGACGAGUUCGCCGCCGGCGACGUCCUGGCCCAUCUCCCCUGCGGCCACCGCUUCCACUGGGCCUGCGCGCUCCCCUGGCUCGAGGCCGGCGCCGCCCCUCGCUCCUGCCCAUUCUGCCGCGCCGCCGUCGACACGCCGCCGCCGCCGCCGCCGCCGGCGUGCUCGUCCUAGCCAUGCCAUUGCCGUGCUCUGUACAGUGGAAACUUGGCAUGAAAAAAAUGUGCAGCAAAGGUGCUUUAUUUUAUUUUAUUUUAUUUACUUUUUUUUUUGUUCAUGUUAUGUUCUAUUACCAUUUCAGUUUAGUGUUUCUGCGAGCAAAUCAAUCAGUGAGCCUUGUUAAUAACUUUGGUGGCGAUCUGUGUGUAUCUCACAUGAUCAUCUGAUCAAAGAGAAAAAAAAUUGGUAAUCCAGAUUAAGCACCUGGAUUAUUGGUUUGCAGAGAAGAUAUAUAAAUAGUGAGAUGUUGAAGUAUUGAUUUUUCGUA